AUGGGAUCUAUGAUUACCAGGUGCCCAACAUGUAAAAUACCUACGAAUUUUAAAUGCACUGAAUGUGAACAAGAUAUUAUGCGUGUUGGUUGGUGUCCAUCAUGUGAGGGUGCAAACUAUAAAGAAAAUUUUAACAAGUGGACAAGUGGUGAUCGAAAAAUUGACAACAUUAUCCGGCGAUCCCAAUCAAAUCCUAUUUUUGCUGAUCAAGUAUUAGAAUGGAUUGAUUAUCAAGAAUUUAAUGUGCAUGAAUUAAUAGGCGAAGGUGGUUUCGGAAAAGUUUAUUCCGCGGAAUGGCAUAAAGGCCCACGGGAUUUAUAUAAUAUAGAAAUAAAUAAAUGGGUCCGAAGAGGUCCAACGCAAGUGGCCUUAAAAAUCUUAAAUGAUUCAACUAAAAUUGAAGAUUUUUUUCUCGAAGCUAUAAUGAAAAUUAAUGCCCCUUUGUUCAUCGCAAAAACUUUUGGAAUUUCUAAGGAUCCUGAACAAAAUAAAUAUGUGAUUGUAAUGGAGAUGUAUAGUCUUGGCGAUUUAAAAAAAUUUUUAAGUAAAAGAAAGAAUAUGAGAUUUUUUGAAAGAGCCGCAUUAGUAGGAUGGCUUGCUGCUGGUUUACUAAAAAUUCAUGGAAGUGAUCUAAUUCACCGUGAUUUGCACUCUCGAAAUGUUUUAAUGAAAUAUAAUGAUGAUCCGAAUUUUCAUGGACCUAGAAAUCUUGGUGUUAAGCGAUAUGUUGCUCCUGAGGUUCUUGAAGGAUUCCCUUACACUAAAGAAUCGGAUAUCUAUAGUUAUGGAAAAGUUGUUCAAGACGUCUUUGCAAAUAAUCCAUCAGAUUUGAUUGAUGUAUUAAUAGCCAAUUGUUUAAGUAGAAACCCUUCAAAUCGACCUGAUAUAUACAAGGUUUAUAUUUUCCUUAAAGAGGUGGUAGUAUUUUAUGAACUAGGGUCAGAUUGGUUUUUUGAUAUAUUCUACCGAGAAUCUAAUGAACUAAAAUCAGUGAAACAGGAGUUAAAUAAGAUUUACCACUAUGAUUAUUCUAAUAUGAAAGAAAAACUGAUUAAAAGCUCUGAGAAUUUGAUCGCUGCCUUUCCAAUACAUGAAGGCACACUUCUAAUGAGUUGUAGUACCUUGAGCUCUACUCUUAAAGAGGUUGUUAGAGUACCCAUCGACAGAAUUCAACUCAUGCUGGAUACGGUUAUUGAAAAUCUUUCCAUAUAUAUAUAUUGGCGUGAAAGAAUUCAAACGUACAAACCACCUGAAGUCAAACCCGAAGUCAAACCCGAAGUCAAACCCAAAUCUCCUGAACCACCUGAACCUAAACAAACGCAAACUUUAUCAAAAUCUAUAAAUUUCUCAUAA